AUGAUGUCUUCGGAUUCUGAAGACUUUGUCGUGAUUGAGAAGAAUGCUUCAAACUCGGAGAGUCUUUCAAAACAGUUUAUAGAGCGUCUGAAGGUGCUAAUAGAUCUCUACAAGUUAUCUGCUGCUUCGGACCUUGUAUUCCAAUACAGUGAACCAGAUUUUGAGACUGAUCCUGAAAAUGCUCCAGAACGAGUAAGACGAGGUUAUAUUCAAAGUUUAUGUUCUCGUCUUAUUGCUUUCGAUGGGGAAAAUAGGUCUCUUAAGUAUGAACUCGCAAAUCUUAAGCUUCAAAUCGAGCAACAAGAAAUGAAACUAUCAGCUAAAGUUAAGGAAAAUGAAGAAUUAGUCUCAAAGUUGGAGGCUAAGAAGGCUAUUCCUGAGCCUUUCUUCGGCACGCAAGUGAUAUUUUUUGUCUGCCUAUUAAAAUAA